AUGGCCAAUUGUUCCAUGAAAGAAGCAUUAACGGCCAAAUACAUCGUCUCCCGACAAUGCGAUCUCCCCAUCCCCCGAAGAUACCCCGAGGCAGACCCUGGGACGAUUAUUCCGUUCGUUAUUGCGACGAUUCUGUUUGCGAUCCGGAUGACUGCGAAGUUCUUGCGACUUGGUGGUGGUUGGGGACCAGAUGAUUAUACCAUUAUUACUGCAUAUGUAUUGGCUAUUAUUGCGUUCGCGCUGAACAUCUCAAUGGUGCAUUAUGGCUUCGGGAUGAACAUCUGGGACAUACCGCCACAGGAUAAUAUCACCAUAGCAUACAAGUACUUCUUCGCCUUCGUCCUCGUCUAUAAAGCCCUGAUCUCCCUCGCCAAAAUCUCCGUUUGCCUCUUCCUCCUCCGCAUCUUCCAAUCCCCCGUCUUCCGCUACACAACCUACACCAUGAUAGCCAUCAACACCGCGGUCGCGAUCACUUGGAUCUUAACCGACAGCUUCCACUGUAUACCUGUGCACCUUGCGUGGACGGGAUGGGCGAUGGAGGAACAAGGAACGUGUAUUAAUUUUAUCGCGUCGACGUUUGCGAACGGGUUUGUCAAUAUCGUGGUGGACACGGUUAUGGUGAUUAUGCCGGUGUAUGAGGUGUCGAGGUUGAAUUUGUCGGUGCAGAAGAAGAUUGGGGUUGCGGUUAUGCUGGGGAUGGGAUUGGUAUUGACGACCAUUGGAAUCGUCCGCGUCGUCAUUUUCUCCCGAAACACCUCCAACACAAACCCAACCUUCGAAAUGGAGCCCCUAAACCACUGGUCCGUGAUCGAAUGCCAAAUCGCCAUCAUCUGCGCCUGCCUCCCUACCAGCCGCGCCCUCUUCGUCCGCGUCCUCCCCGGCGCAAACACAACCCAUGACUCCUCAACCGCCCGCCCCUACCCAACCGCAACAGGGGCUUCGAGCAGAACGGCUGCAGUGUCUGCUUUUGCGGGGUCGGGUGAGAGGGAGAAGGGUCGGAUUGCGAAGACGGUAUCAUAUUCGGUUGAUAUUGGGUCGAAGACGAAGCGCUUGACGAGGGAGUCGGAUGGGUUUAUCCAGUUGAAGGAUAUUGAGGCUGGGGGGGAACGGGGUUGA